AUGGGCAUGCUCGGCUCCUCCAGCAGGCUCAGCGGCCGUGCGGUGGCGGUCGUGCGGCUGCCGGGUCUGGACAAGCUGAUCGGGGGCGCCGUCCCGGAGCACACGGGCCGGGCAGCAUCUCAAGCGACGGACGGGGCCGGCGAGCGCGGCGCGCCCGCGGGCACGAUGCAGGCGCCGCAAGGCUCGGGCGUGCCGCGGACUGCGUUCCGUCUGUCGCCGGGCAGCAAGGGCGGUUCGCGGCGCGGUUCGGCGGGUUCGUCGAGCCAGCGCUCCUCCCAAGGAUCGCGUGGACACGCCACGCAGCAGACGUCCGCGCGAGGUUCAGGCAGGGAAGCAUCUACGAGCUCAGCGCCGCUCCGCCGCGGGCGCCUCGUCGAGUGGUCCGGCGCGGGCGACCAGCACAUCUUCGGGCUCGCGGUGCUCACGCGCGAGGACCCGCAGCACCGCUGGGAGGCCGUGGCCGCCGACGGUUCUCCGCUGUUGCUCUCCGCGCGCGACAUAACGCUCGUGCUCCCCGGGGACCGCUACCGCCCCGAGGACGCCGUCAAGGUCUGGGACGAAGCGUCCCAGCAGGACCCCGACGCGCUCGCGGCCGCCUGGGAGACGCUCUCGGCCCAGGGGUCGCCCAGCGUGGGCGCCGAAGACGUUGCGCGCGUGCUCUUCCAGUCGGACGACGCGUCCGCGGUGUACGCCGCGCACAGGAUGCUCGCCGCGGACCGCAUCUUCUUCUCCCGCGCGUCGCGCCGCCGCCCGGGCGGCCAGUACCGCCCGCGGACCCCCACGCAGGUCGCCGCGCAGCGCCGCCGCGCACAGGCCCAGGCCGCGCGCGCCGAGAAGCUCAAGGCCUUCGUGCAGACCGCCCAGGCCGCCGCCUUCCAACCGUGGGGCUCCAAGCCCACGGCCAGCGACUGGCACCACGGCCCGCACGCGGACGUCGUGGCCGCGCUCGUCGACCUCGCCCUCGAGAAAGCGACGCCCGCGGACGGCUCCGCGGCGCAGCUCGCCGUCGCCGCGCUGCACGCGCUCGGCUUCGAGCCCACGCCGAACGCCGCGGCCUGCCUCCUCGAGGGCGUCGGCGUGUUCCGCCGCAACGAGGAGCUCCCCGUGCUGCGCGCGGGCAUCACGCGGGACUUCCCCGCGGAGCUCGAGGCCGCCGCGGCCGAGCUCGCGCACAACCCGCCGCCGGACCCGGACGCCGCGCAGCGCCGCGACCUCCGCGCGCUGCCCGCGGUGACCAUCGACUCGAUCAGCACGUCGGAGAUCGACGACGGGCUGUCGUGCGAGCUGCUGCCGGACGGCGGCGCGCGCGUGUGGGUGCACGUCGCGGACCCGACGCGGUACAUCGAGGAGGGCUCCCCGCUCGACCUCGAGGCCCGCCGGCGCUCCACCACGAUGUAUCUCCCGACGGGGAUCAUUCCGAUGUUUCCGCUGUGCUUGGCGGCGGGCCCGUUCUCGCUGCGCGCCGGCGUGGACUCGUGUGCGCUCUCGCUCGCGGCGACGCUCGCGCCGGACGGCUCGCUCGCGAAGUUCGAGGUGGUGCCGAGCACGGUGCAUGUGGACCAGCGGUUGACGUACGACGACGUGGACGCGCUGCUGGCGGACGGCGAGGGCGGGGAGGUGCCCGAGGGCGCGAAGGCCGUCGCGGAGGAGCUGCGGACGCUGAUGCGGCUCGCGGACCUGCGCCGGGCGUGGCGGAAGUCGCAGGGCGCCGUCGACGUGUUCUCGCCCGAGUCGGAGGUGCGCGUCGUCGACGCGUGGCGGCCGGACCCGGAGGUCACCAUCCAGGCGUGGUCCGCGGACACGUCCCCGUCGCGCCGCCUCGUCAUGGAGAUGAUGGUCCUCGCCGGGGAGGUCACGGCGAUGGCCGGCGCGCGGCUCGGGCUCCCGCUGCCGUACCGCGGGCACCUCGACCCCGUCCUGCCGUCCGCCGAGGAGCUCCGCGACCUCCCCGAGGGCGUGUGCCGGUCGGUCUACCAGCGGCGCUUCUUCACGCGAAGCCUCAUGUCGACAUCGGCCGUCAUGCGGCACGGCGCGCUAGGCCUGCCCGGGUACGUCCAGUGCACGAGCCCGAUCCGGCGGUACCCGGACAUGCUCGCGCACUUCCAGCUGAAGGCGGCGCUGCGCGCCGGCGGCGGCGCGGCCGCCGCGGGGGCUGUGCGCUUCACCGCGGAGGAGCUGGAGCGCAUCGUGGACGAGGUGGGGCGCGAGGCGAAGUUCCGCGCGGGCGUGAGCAGCGAGGUGACGGCGCAGUGGGUCGCGGAGUACAUGUCGCGGCGGCUGGAGAUGCCGCUGCGCGGCAUGAUCGUCGGGUGGGUCGACGAGACCGCGGGGCGCGCGCUGGUGCUGCUGACCGACUUGGGGCAGGAGACGGUGGUGCCGAUCCAACGCGCGGGCGCGCGGAUCGGCGAGAAGAUCCUCGUGACGCCGCUCGCCGCGGACCCCAAGGCCGGGACGUGGGAGGGCCAGGAGUGCGGCUGA